CGCCGCGCCCCACGCACGCGGCGAACAGACCGUCUCCUCCUCGAAAUGCCGCCGCACAACGCGCUGCUCGCGCCCGCGUCGCUCCGCGCGCUCGGCCCCCGCGCCAAGCCGCCCGCGCGUUCGUUGAACGCCGCGGUUCUCCGAGGACGACGCCUCGCGAUCGUCCCCCGCGCGUCGUCCGUCGUCCCGAAGCCCGCGGUCCGCGCCUCCGCGGUCGCGACGCCGACGCGCAUCGACAUCCACCCGGGGAGCGAGCUCGAGGGCCUCCGCACCGUCUCCGACCUCGUCUUCGACACCAAGUCCGCGGUGAACGAGUUCGGGCAGCUCGGCCCGCAGGCGGCGACGGUCAGCGCGUCCAUCGUGCUGCACGUGCUCACGGAGAACGCCACGGGCGACGUCGGCGCGCUCGAGGGCGCGAUGGUGUACGAGCCGUGCUCGGGCGCGUUCAUAGCGGAUCGGCUCGACUGCGUCGUGGACAAGACGUUCGUGAACCUCGCGUCGCUGUUCGCGGACAGGGUCGAGGGGAAGGUGUCCGUGGAGGUGGACGUCCACAGCGCGAAGACGGUGGAGGAGAUUGUCGCGCGCGCGAAGCGGAUGAAGGCGAUGUUCCAGGAGCUCGCGAUCGCCGUCUCGGACAAGAUUUUGUUCAAAGUCCCGGCGACGUGGAAGGGCAUCGAGGCGGUGCGGCGCUUGGAAGAAGAAGGGAUCCACUGCCACGUCACGCACGUGUACUGCUUAGAGCAGGCCGCGCUGGCGAUACGCGCGAACGCGGCGCUGCUGCAGACGUACGUCGGACGAACGAACACGUGGUACGCGAGCCGAGCGGCGGAGACUAAGGCGAAUUGCCUCGGCGAGGGCGUGGACCCUUCGCUCGUCGGCGUCGAGCUCACGCGGCAGAUCGACGCGCUCGUGCGGUGCCACAAGGGGAAGACGAAGAUCAUCGCCGCGAGCGUGAGGAACCGAGAGGAAGCGAUCGCGCUCGCGGGGUGCGACUUUUUGCUCUUGAACGAGCGCGUCAUCGCGGCGUUGAACGAAAAGCCGAGCGCGGAUAAGAGCGCGUGGGUCGCGCACAACUUCCACGACGCCGGGUGCCCGGACGUUCCGGAGGGGAUCGACGAGGCCGCGUUCGAGGUGGCGCUCGCGUCGUCGCCCGCGGGGGAAGAGCUCACGCUCGGGAUGAAGAACAGCGCGGUCGCGGACGAGAGGUUGAGGGAGUACAUCAAGCAGAGGGUCGCCCCGGGUUCGGGGCAGUGAUGAGCGACUGAUUGGAGAGAAAAGCGCGACGCGCGGCUGGGACGUCGUCUUAGUCUACCGAUACGAUAGACUACUGUAUCGAUACGACGCGAAUGAAUACGUGAACGACGCGUUCAUCGUUUAUUCGCUUGUUCUAUGAUACGUACGCGUCUAC